UCCCAGAAGCUGGCCCGGAGCAGAAUGUCCACAGGUCACCCUAUGCAAAGGCCUAACAUGACAAAGGGAAGUGUCGGGGCCGUGCAGCUGAAUUUCUUCAUCUUUGUUUUCGGAGCUGGGUUCUUGCUAUUUAUAUUCUGCCUUAUUUUUUGCUGCUACAUUUUCAGACUUAAGCAACAGGAGCAGUACAGGACACGUGGCUAUAAGAAGGUGGUGUUAAAAGCCAAAUCAAGACGCACCAGCCUGGUUGGGCAAGUGUGCGCCGUGUGUCUGGAAGAGUUUAAAGUGAAGGAAGAACUUGGCUUAUGUCCCUGCACUCAUGUGUUCCACACAAAGUGCCUGAUGAAAUGGUUAGAAGUGCGAAACUCCUGUCCAAUGUGUAAUAAAACCAUUUCAGUGCCUAUGCCCAGACCAUCCCUAGAACACAUGUGAAGACGUCUUCGGUUCUAUGCUUAGAUAGCUGCACUGGCUGAGAAAACUUGGAAAUGUGUAAAGUGGGAAGCAACAUGUACUUGUCAUUCAGAAUCUGUUCUUUUCCUCUUUACACCGUCCUCCUUCCUUGGAAUGAAACCUGGAGACUCUGGAACAAGAUCUGAUUUCCCUGUAUCCUUGGAGAGAAGCGAAAGGUCCACGUGUUGCUCUUCUUUGUCAAUGC